AUGAACACACCUCGUUUCCUCGCCCGCGUGGCCGCGCGCGCACCCUGUUGCCGCCGUCCACUCUUCGCCACACCCAUCUCGUCCUUCCACAGCUACCCGCUCCCCGCGCAAACGACCACGCCGCCUCGCAACGACGACGUGCCCGAGACGUCAAUCUCAUCGCCCUCCCAGCAGCAGCCGCCGCCGUCGCAGAAGUCGCCACCUCUCCCCAAAGUCCACGAGACUCGCCCCCUCAAGCAGCAGCCGCCUGCGCCCACCGCACAGCAAACACCGGCUGCCGCACCCACGAACAAGACAGAGACCAAGACAGAGACCGAGACGGAGGCGCAGAAGCCCAAGCCCAGGAAGCGACCCACGCUGCGCCCGCGCAAGGCCGCCAUGACGCUGACGCCCUCGGCCGUGGAGCACCUGCGCGAGCUGCUCGACCAGCCGGAGCCCAAGCUGAUCAAGGUUGGCGUGCGCAACCGGGGCUGCAGCGGGCUCGCGUACCACCUGGAGUACGUGGACAAGCCGGGCGCCUUUGACGAGGCCGUCGAGCAGGGCGGCGUCAAGGUGCUGAUCGACAGCAAGGCCCUAUUUAGCAUCAUCGGCAGCGAGAUGGACUGGGCCGAGGACAAGCUGAACCAGCGCUUUGUGUUCCGAAACCCGAAUAUAAAGGAGGAAUGCGGGUGCGGCGAGUCUUUCAUGGUGUAG